CUCUCCUGAUCAACCGGGACUCCUUGCCUGCCUGAAAGAUGUCGUGCACCAGCCUGUGCAACACGUCCUGUGGGGCGGCUGCCCCGGCCCCUCUGGCUGACACCUGCAACGAGCCCUGCGUGCGGCAGUGCCCCGACUCCACGGUGGUGAUCCAGCCCCCGGCCUCGGUGGUCACCUUCCCCGGGCCCAUCCUCAGCUCCUUCCCGCAGCACAGCACCGUUGGCUCAGCAGGAGCCCCCGUCAUAGGGUCGGGCUUUGGCGGCAGUUUUGGAGGCCGUGGUGGCUGGGGUGGCUAUGGAGGCUAUGGAGGCUAUGGGGGCUAUGGAGGCUAUGGUGGCUGGGGUGGCUAUGGAGGCUGGGGUGGCUAUGGAGGGUAUGGGAACUGGGGUGGCUAUGGGGGUUGUGGAUACGGUGGCUGGGCCCGAGGCCACAGAUACAUCAAUGGCAACUGCUCACCCUGCUAAACUCCACGCCUACUCCGGCCACACAUCAAGGUGAUCUUCCCGGACACGACGCCCCACAGAAGGACAUCUCUUUGGCAUUGCUGGGCUCCAGAGCUUGGAUGCCUCGUGCCUGCUCGUGGACACACUCUGCCUUCCUCCUGUCACCCUUGAGCUUCACUUCAGGACUUGCUGCCAACUGACGAUGCAGCCCCAUGCUGGGUGCCUGCUCCUGCGGCACGGCUGAUGCUCACACUCACUCUGCCUGCUGCCAGGAGAUGUGGGCUGCCCUUGGCCAGGGCCCUGCUCUUCUCCCAACUCCUUCCUCCCCUUGAAUCGCAAUA